AGUAAUGUGAAAGUGAAAGCAAUAGUUCGUAAUCCUAAACCUGUUGUAUUUUUGAAGAUGAGAUUUUAUACAGUGAAUCAUUGGAAUUAUCUGCUGAAGACAGAGAUUCAAAUUAUAUUACUCCAAUUGGAAAUGCUAAGAUUAUGAGAAAAGAUGAUCAUGUUACAAUUACAGCAUUUUCUAAAAUGGUUGGUAAUUCUCUUAUAAUUGCUGAAUAAUUAUUUAGUGAGGUCAUUAUUUGUUAAGUUUUUAAUUUAAGAAGUUAUAGGCCAUAAAAUAGAGACAACAUCACUGAGAAUGCAAAGAAAAUAAGAAUAGAAGAAGGAUGGGCUUAAUCUAGUAUUAGAACUGAAAUUUUUCUCUAAUUAUGGAAUGAGGAGCAUUUAAAUAUUUGAAUGCUCCUAUUUAAAGAGUAACAGGUUUUGAUAUA